UGGCGGUGUCUGUGUCGGUGUCGCGCUAGCGGAGGCGGCGCGGACACGCGUGGAUGUGGUCGCCGGCCCCGGACUCCGGCGGCGCCAGAUCUAACAGUACGAUGUCAACUGGAAGGGUACGAACCAAAAAAAAGGCCUGUUCUUCAGACCAGUCUCCAGACAACCUGCCUUUGAGGAGUUCUGGAAGACAGGUAAAGAAGAAGACAGCUGAAGCAGCAGACGAUGAUGACGAAGCAUCGGAGAAGAAGUAUAGGAAGUGUGAAAAAGCUGGAUGCACUGCGGCGUGUCCGGUUUGCUUUGCCAGUGCAGCCGAAAGAUGUGCUAAAAAUGGGUAUACGUCUAGAUGGUAUCACCUUUCCUGUGGGGAGCACUUCUGCAAUGAGUGUUUUGACCACUAUUACCGAAGCCAUAAAGAUGGUUAUGAGAAAUACACUGCCUGGAAAAGGAUUUGGACGAGUAAUGGUAAAAGUGAGCCCAGUCCAAAAGCCUUCAUGGCUGAUCAGCAGCUUCCUUACUGGGUGCAGUGCACAAAGCCAGAAUGUGGUAAAUGGCGUCAGCUGACAAAGGAAAUCCAGCUGACACCGCAAAUAGCAAAAACCUACAGAUGUGGUAUGAAACUGAACAAUUCUACUAAGACUGAGGGCUCGGACCAGUGUUCUAUGCCUGAGGACUUGAGAGUGGCUGAAGUUUCAGACCAUUGGUGGUACUCCAUGCUCAUACUCCCUCCUUUGCUGAAAGACAGUGUGGCAGCUCCCUUUCUAGCUGCAUAUUAUCCAGACUGCGUGGGCAUGAGUCCAUCCUGUACCAGCACUAAUCGGUUACCUGGUGAAUCCAACAUUGUGAAGUUAGAGCACUUAAAGAGCGUGCCUAAUUUGACUGUUGCAGGAAUGAACAAAUAUUUCCAGCCCUUUUACCAGCCCAAUGAAUGUGGCAAAGCACUUUGCGUGAGGCCAGAUGUCAUGGAACUGGAUGAGCUCUAUGAGUUCCCAGAAUAUUCGCGAGACCCUACCAUGUACUUGGCUUUGAGGAACCUGAUUCUGGCUCUGUGGUACACGAACUGCAAGGAGGCUCUGACCCCUCAAAAAUGUAUUCACCACAUCAUUGUUCGGGGGCUCGUGCGUAUUCGCUGCGUGCAGGAAAUGGAGAGGAUACUGUAUUUUAUGACAAGAAAAGGGCUAGUUAAUACAGGGAUCUUGUCAGUCAGCCCUGACCAGUAUCUCCUUCCUAAAGAGUACCAUAAUAAAUCAGUCAUCAUUGUUGGGGCUGGGGCAGCAGGAUUGGCAGCAGCGCGACAACUGCACAAUUUUGGAAUUAAGGUCAUUGUCCUGGAAGCUAAAGACAGGAUUGGUGGCCGCGUGUGGGAUGAUAAGACGUUCAAAGGAGUCACCGUUGGAAGAGGUGCCCAGAUCGUCAACGGCUGCGUCAACAACCCGAUGGCACUAAUGUGUGAGCAACUUGGCAUUAAAAUGCACAAACUAGGAGAGAGAUGUGACUUGAUCCAGGAAGGUGGAAGGAUAACAGAUCCCACUAUUGACAAACGCAUGGAUUUCCAUUUCAAUGCCAUCCUGGACGUUGUCUCUGAGUGGAGAAAAGAUAAAACCCAGCACCACGAUGUCCCUCUUGGUGAGAAAAUACAAGAGAUCUAUAAAGCCUUUAUUCAGGAGUCUGGUAUCCAGUUCAGUGAGCUCGAAGAAAAAGUGCUGCAGUUCCACCUCAGUAAUCUGGAGUAUGCCUGUGGCACCAAUCUCUCUCAGGUAUCUGCACGUUCGUGGGACCACAAUGAAUUUUUUGCCCAGUUUGCUGGAGAUCACACUCUGCUCACUGUGGGAUAUUCUACUGUGAUUGACACGUUGGCAGAAGGCCUGGACAUCCGGCUGAAUUUUCCAGUACACAGUAUAGACUAUACUGGUGAGGAAGUACAGGUCACUACUGCAGAAGGGACAGUGUGGACGGCCCAAAAGGUACUAGUCACUGUACCCCUGGCUCUUCUUCAGAAAAAUGCUAUUCAGUUUAAUCCUCCACUGUCAGAAAAAAAAAUUAAAGCCAUUAAUAGUUUGGGAGCAGGAGUCAUUGAGAAGAUUGCCUUGCAAUUUCCUUACAGAUUUUGGGACAGCAAAAUUCAAGGAGCCGACUUCUUUGGUCAUGUUCCACCCAACUCCACCCAGCGUGGACUCUUCAGUGUUUUCUACGACAUGGAUCCAGAGGGCAAGCAAAGCAUUUUAAUGUCAGUGGUCACUGGGGAUGCUGUGACAACCAUUAAGAAUCUGGAUGACAAACAAGUCCUGCAGCAGUGUAUGACUGUGCUUCGAGAGCUUUUUAAGGAGCAGGAGGUUCCUGACCCAGUGAAGUUCUUUGUUACUCGCUGGAGCCAAGACCCCUGGCUCCAAAUGGCAUACAGCUUUGUGAAAACGGGAGGCAGCGGUGAGGCCUAUGAUGUUAUGGCUGAAGAUAUACAAGGCACAAUUUUCUUUGCUGGUGAGGCCACAAAUAGACACUUUCCUCAGACUGUUACAGGAGCUUACUUGAGUGGGGUUCGAGAAGCGAGCAAAAUAGCAGCGUGCUAAGUAUUGAGAUUUUGUGUUUAUAGAUAUAUUUUUGUUUUCUGUGAGCAAAACUAUCAAGUUUCCUAUUUUCUCCUUUUUCCUAAAUGGUACUUAAGCGGUGUAUGGUACCUGAAGAUAAAAUCUUCAUGUUCCUUUUCCUGUUUUUUUUUUGUUGUUGUUCUUUUGUCCUUUUUUUGUCUUGUUUUUCCCUUUUAAGCCCUGAUGAUCAGUGUGGCUGUAUUUCUGUUUUUUCUGUCCCCCCUCUCUGCCUUCCCACCCCCCCCCCCAUUUAAGGUAUUACUCUUGAAAGUGACAUUGGGAGUCCCUGGCAAAUUUACUGUAUGCAGCUUUACUAGUUGAACCUUUGUUGAGAGUCCUUUUCUGUAUGGCUUAAGUCAUACUAUUACAGACCUUCAUUUCUGAAGGUCGUAUUAAAAUAAUUAUUAAUGUACAGCAUUAAAAGAAAAUGCUGGCAGUUAGUAACAAUGAUGGGGCUUUUCCACUAACUGUGCUUCUCAGGUUGAUUAUGUUCAUAGAAGUUCAAAUGUGUUCCCAAAAGCCUGAACAACCUCCCCAGAUUCUAGAAUUCCUGUAAGAAGGAUCACAACCAUCUUUCUUUCAACUUGCCAUCAGUAACCUCUUCUAUAAUGUUUCCUAUGCUUAUUCUCUACAAGUUGGGCUUCAGAAUAUCCAUGUUGUUCCUUUAAGUGAGACUGCUGGAACAGUUUACAGUGCAAUCAUAGAAGGGUUAUUGGAGUUAAUAAAAAUCUGAAAGGAAAAUGCGAACUUUUACAUUACUGUAAAAGCUUCACUGAAAUACUCUCUGCUACGUAUUCAGAGAUUUCCUCAUCACCAAUAAUAGGUAGCUUAGAUUUGCCAAAGUGCUUCUGAUCAUGUAGGACAGCUUGAAAAUAUGGUUUCUAGCACCUUAUUUGAAAGUGAACUUCCAAAUUAGUCUGGGCUGAGUAGAUGAACUAUCUGCUGAAACAAUUAUGAGGGCACAGUGGAGGACAAAGAACUUCUAAGUUCUAUGAGGGAAAUUAUUAACACUUUUAUGAAGGGCCGAAACAAGGUAGCUUGCACUUUGAAGUUUUUUUUUUUUUUUUUUUUUGAAGUAGUAUUAAAAAGGUCUUGAGGAAGUUAUUCAGUAAGGGCUAAGUAUCUCUUAGAUAACUUUUCCAUGGUGCAGAGGAAAUAUGUUUUAGUCAACAGAAAUACAACAAGCACCACCAGAAUACGGGUUCUAAUACUGUUCCAUUGAUAACAAUGACGAUAAAAAGCUUAUUAACAGCAACAAAGAAUGAAAACCAGCUCUUACUUCUGUUCCUCCCCACCUUCUCUGCGUGGCCCUCGUGUUUCCUGGCAGGACAGUGAGCACUUACUCCUUCUCCCCUCAUUCCUGUGCACCGGCUCUUUCCUUUGCUAACUCUGCUCCUAUCACACUGCCCCAGCAAGCGGCUCUUGCAUUACAGUGCUUAUUUCCGUGGAGCUCUAUCUUUAGGGGGAAAAACAAACAAACAAACAAGCAACCUUAAGAGAUCCUACUGAAUUAAAAGUCUUUCUUCUACUUUUUAAAAAUACUUAAUAAGUUGUUUUUAGAGUAGCCAUGAUGUUUGUUAAAUAUCCUUAUUUAAUCUCUAAUUUACAAGGUGAAGAUGUUUAUAUAACUAGAUGUUUUUCAGAUAUAUAUUCUGUUUUGCUUCUUAAAGCUGAAUUAUAUGGGUUAAUUGGAAAAGUGUAACAGUUCCUAAUUUUCUUCUACAUAAAUGUUAAUAUGUACAGUUCUAAAACAUUUUCAAGUGUUAAAGUGUAAUUUAAAGUUAUAAGACAAAAUCCUCUGGUGAUAAAAGAUAAUCAAACUCCAGAUUUUGCUUUUGGUAAUCAUUUGCACUUUGAUAAUUUCACAUAUUACAGGUGAAUUUCUAAUAUAAGUAGGAAAGAUUAUGGGAGCUACAUGUGUUUAAGAUUCUCUGUUUCUUUCCAAGCUUACCACAGGGGACAAAGUUCAUAAGAGUGCAGCUUGUGAAAGUGCUAAAAAGCUUAUUUUUACAAGCCCAACAAUGUUUAUUUAUUUAAUGGUUGCUUCUGCUGGCACGGGUCAGAACUUUAGUCAACUUCACAGCGUACAGACACAUUGAACUUUAGGUAAGCUCUGUCUGGAAAGUCAAGCUCGGCUUCCC